AGCUGCGGCUGAAGAAAUUGUUCGAGGAAAGAGAAGGUUUACGGGAUCAGGUGAGGUUCCUGAGGUCUCAGCUGGAUCAGAGGACUGACGGAGUCCAGAAUACAGACCGGGAUGGUCUGGAGAACGGGAUGGAUUCUCACCUGCUGGACCUGCAGAGAGAUGCCAACAGACAAAUCAGUGAGCUGAAGUUUAAAUUAGUCAAAUCUGAACAGGAAGUGACGGCGCUGGAACAGAAUGUGA